UUCAUCUCACCUUCCACUUACUUUCUCCAUGUUAUGGUCGCAUCCACCUUACUUGCUCUCGGGCUACUGAUACCUGUGAUAUCUGCGCAAAACAACAGGAACUCUAACAGUGUGUUGUACAAUGGAAAAGGACAGUCACCCUGUGAGAUGAAGAGCCUAUUCGAGAACACCUGCCAUACAUCACGCCGAGCAAGAGCCCUUGUCUCUACGAACCGUUUACGAUCUUCCCCUACGCCCUGUAUCUGUACCAAUGUGUAUUUCAAUCUCUGGAGUGCCUGCGCGUAUACGCAGAACUCCUCGCUCCCCUCCUGCUCAACAUGGAAAGAAGGGUGUCACCAGGCCUCGGUCGCAAUUACUACGGAGAAUGUAACGCACAACACCGCCUUUCCGUCGUGGGCCUUCAUGCCACUUCCUUCCAACAAUGACACGUUCGAUCUUGUUGGCGCGGUCGAAGCAGCAGAAGGCUAUUCACAUCGCUGGACUUCGGUCCAGAUCAUCGCUCCUGUCGUAGUUGGAGUGGUCGUUGCCCUCUCGCUGAGCGUGGGCUUCUACUUUUUUCUGCGCCACAAGCGAAGGCCACAUACCCGUCCAUGGAUGCAGACGACCGGCAAUCGACCGCGAUUCCACUUUCCCACGCUCUCAAGCGUGAAGAAAGUCCGAGCUGAGAACCGCAGCAGUACGUGGAGCAUCGACGAGCCCCCGGAAGACUGGAACCAGUACGAAUUCGUCUCCUACCCACCGUCUCUGCAAGGAUCUCAUGGCGGUCAUGUGCGAUUAUCCUCGAGUCCGACGGAUCCGCCGCGUUUGAAGAUUCCAGGAUCAGGACCUGUGUACGCCCUGCCUGGGAAAUCGGUGUGGAAGGCUCCCUUCCAGAAUGCGCAGCGGUGGUCGCGCUCUAUUCCGUUUCCAUGGCGGACUCCGCGCGUGAAGAACGUCCCGUCGUACAAGAGGUUCCGUGUCGACGACGCCGACUCUGAUUCGCCGUUACCCGAGCGCACUCCAGUGACGAGUGUCUCGAACUACGGGCGCAGCAAUCUUCGACAUGCAAGCAAUUUCGACCACGACAACGAUGGCGACAGUGACACUGAGGCUCUGCCUUUGAUGGCAGCUCCAGUAGAUCCGGUACCAGACAUACCGCCACCUACAGCUCCGCCCAAUAUACCACUGCCACCGAGGCCUGUCCGAACCCCACUGCAAUCGCCGGCGCCCAUCGUUCCGCCAGCGCCAAGAGUGGCGCCGCCUGUGCCUCCACUCGAGACACGACAGCGAGCUCGCGAUCCAGCUCGUCGCAGCAUCAGUCGAGAUUCAGUGCGGACAUUGCCCCCCACACCCACGCCGCCGUACCACUCGCGAAACGGCAGCUCGGCGUCGGGACCCCCGAAUUACGCGCCGCCCAUUGCCAACGAACCGUCGGGGGACCGCACAAGGUCCGUUCGACGAUUGCCGUUGCUACCAUCGUAAUGUAUCUGUAAUUAUACGCGGACAUCAUCUACGUUCUUGUGAUUCGCAAUGAAUGUGAGCCAUUCAUCGAAGUCAAGGGCGUUCGCCAUCAUCCAUAUAUGUUUCGAC